AUGAGCGGCAAGUUCAUGCCUAAGACACCAGUUCAAUUGGAUCCACCCAAAGAUGACCCAAUAUCGAAGGAAGAAUUGAAGAAAUGUGACGGGGUCCAAUCUGAUAAAAUUUUCAUUGGCAUCAAAGGUACGGUGUUUGAUGUUUCUCUCAAUCAGAAUGCCUACGGAGUGGGAAAAGGCUACCAUGCCUUGGUUGGCAGGGAUGCUUCAAGGGCACUUGGAAAAUCAAGCUUGAAACCCGUGGAUACAGACUACGCUGUUUCAGCCGACUAUUCUGUGCUGAAUGAGAAAGAACUGAAGGUCUUGGAUGACUGGUUCACGUUUUUUAGCAACAGAUAUAACGUGGUGGGGAAAGUGGUGGACUGA